AUGGAGAAGAGUGCAGGUGAGUUGGAGUUGCGAAGUGAAACAGAUGACUUUCCACUCACCGAGUCUCAUUUCGCAGAGAAAACCACACGUACCGAUCCAAUCAUUUCGCUUUUGGGCAGUGAUUUGGGUCCGUGGCAGCUGAUUAUCUGCCUUUGGAUUUUUCUAUCGAAAUUCCCCGUCGGUUGGGUGCAAAUCUCUAUGGUAUUCCUGCAAACGCCCCUCAAAAGCACUUGCGUCACGCCUGACAAUAACACCGAUGUCUGCGCAGCUGAGUGCAAGGAGGUCGCCUAUGAUCGCAGCGUAUUCCAGGAGAAUAUCAUUAGCGAAUGGAAUUUAAUUUGUGAGCGUGCUUGGCUAGCCAGUUUGGCGCAGAGUUUCCUAAUGAUUGGCAUUAUGUUGGGCAGCAUUAGUUUUGGACUUCUUGCCGACAGGUGGGGCCGUCGUCCCAUGUUUGUGGGCGCUUGCGUUAUGGAAUUUGUUUUUGGCUGUCUGGUUUCGGCGUCGCCAUGGUUUUGGCUUUUUGUGUUGCUUCGUUUUUUGGAUGGUUUCGCUUUGGGUGCCACCAUGUCUACGGGUUUCACCAUCAUCAUGGAGAUAGUCGGCCAAAGCAAACGUGAGACUAUGGCCAUACUAUUUCUCAUUCCAUUCAAUUUGGGCCAUGCCACACUACCGCUCUUCGCCUAUUACAUACGACAUUGGCGUUGGUAUCAUCUUUCCUUCUCUGCGCUCACAGUAUUCCUUCUGCUUUGCUAUUGGACCGUACCAGAAUCACCACGCUGGCUCUUUACCACUGGCCGUACUGGCCGUGCCGUUCAAAUACUCGAAGCUGGUUGCAAACGCAAUAAAAUGCCAACUGCUAAUAUACGCACCGAGCUUGAGCAAGCCGCACAACUUAUCGCCGCCACACCCACCUCGCAGAAAGGCAACUUCAUCGAUCUCUUUCGUUAUCCUUAUCUGCGUCGAAAGACUUUGGUUAUGACCUUUAAUUGGUUUGUCACAUGUCUCGUCUACUUUGGCAUGUCACAGCUUAUUUCUCAACUCAGCGGCGAUAUCUUCUUAAAUGUCGCCAUUAGUGCAAUUCUUGGUGUGCCCGGUACGCUAAUCUGCAUUCCGAUGACCAGAAUUCUUGGCCGACGCUUCACACUCUUUCUGUCGCAUUUUUGCACCAGUAUCCCUUUGUUGGCAUUAGCUUUCACGCCAUCAUUGGGCACCACAACGAGAAUGGUAGUGGCGUCGAUAGGUCUUUUUGCGGCAUCUGUUUCGUCGCCGAAUAUCUAUCUCUAUGCAGGCGAAUUAUUUCCCACAGUGGUGCGUAACUCAGGCAUGGGCUUGUGUUCGUUUGUAGGUCGGAUUGGUUCGGCUAGUGCGCCAUUCUUAUCGGGCAUGUCUGCGGAAGCUGAAUGGAUACCGUUAACGGUGUUUGGUGGCUUUUCCCUGGUGGCAGCUGCCUCGCUCUUCCUUGUGCCAGAGACUCGUGACCUACCGCUGCCCGAGACCAUUGAAGAUGGCGAAACAUUUGGUAAUAAAAGUAAGAAAGUGCAAAUAUCAUAGAAAUAAGUGCAAUUUGUUGUCUUUUGAGCA